UUCUGCCUGUCAGACAGCGCGGAGGGGUAAAUACCACAUUUUGAACGUAAUAAGACCGUGAAGCAUGGCCGGUGAGAGUGAAAAGAAACGAGUACUUGAGAUGGUCCAGGCUGAUGGCGCCGACGAGGGCUGUGUGACGUUCGUACUGCAUGAGGAAGACCAUACGCUGGGCAACUCCCUCAGAUACAUGAUUAUGAAGAACCCGGAUGUGGAGUUCUGCGGCUACACCAUCACCCAUCCGUCUGAGAGCAAGAUCAACUUUCGCAUUCAGACACGAGGGGGAGUUCCAGCCGCUGAGCCGCUGCGGAAAGGCCUGAAUGAUCUCCAUGAAGUUUGUCAACAUGUUCUCAACACCUUUCAGGCAAGAGUUAAUGAGUUUAAAGAAAAAGAGGAGCAGCCCAUGGAGCUACCGGCAUCGCCUACACAGGACUGUUGAGCUGUCAGAGGCGAAAUUACCUGAUAAAAUUGGUAAAAAGCUUUUGAGAUACUGGAGGAAAAAUUACUCCGACCUUCCAGAAAAAUCCAAUAAUGUCACGUUGAAGUGUUUGUACAGUUUUGUAUUGGUAUGAUGAUCACACUGAUUUAUCAUGUGUGUAAUAAAUGUGCACAAGUUUUGUGUUUAUCAUUCCUGUCUUCUGGAUUGAUGAGUGGAUCAAAUUUAAAACAAGAAACUUGCCAUCAGACUCUUUAAUUUUCCUAUUUUUGGGGUGAAUUUCGUGCAGACCUUGUAACACUUCUCACUCAGCCAUUUUACUGCUUUGUUCAAUGUUUAUUUUCACAGCCUCUCAUGUAACACCAUACUGAAGGAUGUCCAGACCCUAAAUGACAAGUCUGUCAAACAGCACAUCGCUCUCAUUGGUCCUUUGAAGCCAGAUUUGAUGAGUGGAGAAGAACUGGGAGCUGGAAUGGCCUUAUGAAUGUCCUUAUUAGUAAAGGAAUGUGGUGUGAGGGAGCCAGAAAGACGGAGGGGGAAAACUAGGAUGAGAUGUGUGAAUAAUUAGGCUGGAGUUAUUUGAGGUCAAUGAAAUCCUUCUAACGGUCACAUGAUGUGGGAACAGACCGUAGCGACUUCAGCUAAAAAAAAGAGAGGUCAGCUAAGUUUUGACAUGUGUGCUUAUCAGGAAAAAAAAGAGUAUUUAUUUGCAGAGACUUGAGGAAAAAGAUUAAAGCCAUGUGUACUAGUUAUUGAAGGAAGAAGCUAGCGUUGCUGGUACAGGAAUAAGCUAUCAACCUGCACCUGUGACAAUGUUUAAGGGACUUAAAAGAUUCAGUCCAGUUCACUGUAAACCGGUGUUGAAACAAAAUUGUAUUAUAAUCUAAAUUAGUACGGUUAAUUUUAAUUGUGUUAAUAUAAUGCCACUUUAUGAAAUUUUGCCUUUCUGAGGAAAUCUGUGGGUUACACUGAAUAUCCACUUCAGUGUGGUUCCCCAUCCUGAGCAUGAGGGGACGUUGGAAAGAAAAACCUCCAUUUUAACAGGAAAAAAUCUCCAGUUCAACCAGACUCAGGAUCAUUUACCUCCCAUCAAUCAGCCUAAUGGACUAAUAUGAAAAUCAGAUUUUCUCAACAGACCUGCUGCAGCGGAACAAGUGAGGGUGUCUCGUUGUAAGAAGUUAAGCAUAUUUGAGUUUCAGACGUCAGUUUUUGAUUAGGACGGUUUUGUUUCCAAGAAGCAGAAAUAAUCUUUGUAAUUGUGUUUGUCAAAUGACCUUUGAGUCUAUGAAACUAGAGCAGCUGCACUUUUAGAACAUGUCAUUUUCAAAGUUUCAUUUAGUUUUUUAUUUUGUUAAAACCCUUGAAUUAAAGGUGAGACACAAAACUAGAUUUGAUACUGUUAAGCUGUUGCAGUGGCAAGGAAGGGUUUGAUUUUAUUUUGUAGCAAAACUGCUUAUUAUCUGUACUUAAGACAAACUGGUGAAAUAUUUUGUUAGGCACUCAGCUUUGGUAAACACCUGAUAGACUCAGAUUUGACUUUCAACAGCCGCAUCAAAGCAGCCACUAAGAAGCUUUUUACCAGCUCAGAAACAUCAACAGAAUGAAAAGUUUAGUCUCCCAGAAAGACCAAGAGAAACUCAUCCAUGCAUUCAUCUCCAGUAGGCUGGAU